AUGGGCGACGCGGGCGCGAGGGACGCUGGUGGCUCCAACGGCGGGUCUCCGCUGCGCAUGGUGCCCGAGGAAGACCUCAAAAAGGAGCGCGAGCGGUGGGUGCAGACCUCCAUGAGGCAGGUGUGGGAGCUCGAGAAUAUGGCCUCGGAACGCAUCGCCUCCCAGAUUCAGGAAGCGGUGGGCCAGCUGCAGAACGAGGCUGUCAGUCUUCUGCUUCCACGGUUCGAGGCCGAACGCAGUGAGCGUGUCGUUGCGAUGGCGGAGCUGCGCGAGCAGCUUCAAGCUCAGAGGGCGGCUGUCGAUGCAGAGCUCUCUAUCCUUCGCACCAGCCUGGCGACGCGAGGGGCGGGGCUGUCGCUGGAGGCCCCGAACGACCAGCCGAGCGCCGGGGCCGCAGAUGUGGCGCCGUGCCAGUCUCGACGCGAGCUGGAGGCGGAGCAGGGCCGGCUCCAGGCACUCGCGGCGGAGUCGGCCAUCAGGGACCUCCGCAGCGACCUGGGCCUGAGGGCCGACCAGCAGGAGGCGGCACACGGCCAGCUGCGGCAGGACCUGCGCCGGGAGGUGGAGCGCAUCCGCGGCGAGCUCGGUGCAGAUCGCAGGCAGGCGGAGGAGCAGGCGGUGCAACGGAGCAGGAUGGAGGCGUCCGUGGGCGACCUGCGGAGCCGCGUGGAGGAGACCACGCGCGAGUUGGGGGAGCUGCGCCAGGACCAGCUGUCUCAGACCACUGUGCUCCAGAGCCGCGUCGAGGCUGCCGUGGGGGACCGCGAGGAGCACCAGUCGCACAUCGACAGCAUGCGCCUGAUCAUGAGGGAGGAGCAGGGCAGGCGCAGCGCGGAGGGCGCGGCGCUGCGCCAGGUCGAGGCCAUCGUCGGCGAGACGCGCGGGCGGAUCGAUGAGCUGUCCGUGCUGCCCAGCCGGAUCGGGGCAUUGGAAGCGGCCUUCAAGGACACAUCACCGCGGUCUCCCGACAGCUCGACGGCCCCCGGGCGGGCGCGGCAGAGCUGUCCGGGCGCGUCGCCGCCCUGGAGCAGGGCCUGGCGCGGCAGGCCACGCGGGGAGCCACGCAGGGCCACGCGGAGGAGCUGUUCGCCUCCGCCCUGGCAGAUCUGCGCGGGCGCCUCGAGCGCGUCGAAGAGGCGAGGGGUGAUCCGGUCCUGGCUUCUGGCUCGACUCCUGGCGCAGAUGCGUCGCUCAGGGAGGAGGUCACAGCCCUGA